AUGUGGACCCGUAAAAUAAAUACAUCUACUUCCUUCCUUCGUCCUAUUCUUCUUACGUCUCAGUCAACAAAGGCAGCACAUUUUAGGCAUUUUUGUAAUUCUGUGUCCAGAAAUUCACAAGUUUAUUAUAUAGCUAAGUCAACGAGUAAAGGCGAAACCUAUCGUCUGCAUCUCGAGAAAUCGAGGCAUUUGGUCGGCAUCGGAUCUACGCGAGGGACAAGAGAAUACAAUGAGGAUCGAUACCGAUCGGUAGUAUUAGAUUUUGGAGAAGAUGAGGCAGAACGGAAAGUAAACAACCAAUCCUUUGUUGAAAAUGAUAGUAAGGAACGCACGAAUAUAUCAGAGAACGAGUUUCAAUUGGAGGAAGGGAAAGCUGGACAGAUUUGUUACUUUGCUAUAUUUGAUGGUCAUGGUGGGUCGUUAUGUGCUGAUUACCUUACAGAAAAUCUUCAUAAGCAGAUUGAAGAAGUUGAAGCGUCAGAUGCUGACGGAAUUGUCUCUUCAUGGCGUAAGGUUGGAGGUUAUUUUCGCAGAUUUAAACCCAAGACAUUAAUACCUUUACUAAGCCCCGAGUUACUUAAUAAUCCUCCUCGAUAUCGUUCAUCUGAAAAUACCGAUAAUAACAAUAGUAAUUUAUCGGUAACGAGAAACUUUUCCUCAACGUCCGUAUCGGGAACUCAGCAUUUACCAACAACGCCAUCAAUUUCAUCAAUUCCAUCCACGAUCUCCGGUUCAUCAAGUCUUACACUUGAACAAAGACUCACAUUAGCUUUUCUGAAAAUUGAUUAUGAACUGAUAGGCUCAAUUGGUCAAGCAGUUGGCUCAACAGCUUCCGUAGCCAUUGUGAAAUCAUUGGAUCGUUUUCCAUUUUGGUCUACCAAAGAACUUGAUAUCACAGUUGCUCAUGUUGGCGAUACCAGAGUGCUGUUAUGUGAGGUGCCUACUGGAAAAGCUGUAUCAUUAUCCUAUGAUCAUCAUCCAAACGCAACAACAGAACAUGAUCGCCUAAGAAAAUCGGGAGGAUAUGUAAUCACUGAUUCUUUUGGCGCUGAAAGGUUUCUCGGAAGUUUGGCAAAUACUCGUGCUUUGGGUGAUUCAAAACUGAAAAAAUUUGGUAUUACAGCUGAGCCAGAUAUAAUGAAUAAAAGGAUAAAAGGCAAUGAUGCCGCAUUCUUAGUUUUAGUUUCUGAUGGAGUUACUUCGGUAUUAAGUAAUCAAGAAAUUGUUGAUUGUGUUAAAAUUCAUACUGAUCCGACUUUGAGUGCGACAAAAUUAGUCGCUCUCGCCGAAGAACUUGGAUCAGAAGAUAACAUCACUGCUAUGGUGAUAAGACUUCCAGGAUGGGGGUCUGAAAUGCCAGAUCACACAAAAGAACUUCGAAAAUAUCGACUCGAGAAUACAUCCAUUCGCAGAAGGACAUGA